GGAGUCGCUCAGGCCACCGGCCCGCCGCCUCUUAAAGGGAGGUGGCCGCUCUUAAAGGGACCCUCGCGCGCCCGGCCGGCGGGAGCGCGGCGGCCCGGUUCCCGGAGGGCCGCGCCCAGCCUAGGCCGAGCUCCACGCGGCGUCCAAGCGCGGGGCCGUGCCGCCGCCACCGGGAGCAGCAUUUUUAUUCAGGCGACGCUUAAGGGAGCCCGGCGCGCCCGGUGCAUUGUGGGAGCGCCGCGGCCCGUUUUCGGGAGGAGGCGGAGGGCGCAAAGCGAGCCGGUGGAUCCUAAGUAGAAAGCCCAGUGGAUCAAAAGAGAGGGAGGGGAGGGGCUGAACUGUGAAGAGUGUGGCCCCAGAACCAUGUCUACUCGGGAGUCCUUUAACCCGGAAAGUUAUGAACUGGACAAGAGCUUCCGCCUAACCAGGUUUACUGAACUGAAAGGCACAGGCUGCAAAGUGCCCCAAGAUGUCUUGCAAAAAUUGCUGGAAUCUUUACAAGAGAACCACUUCCAAGAAGAUGAGCAGUUUCUGGGAGCUGUUAUGCCACGGCUUGGCAUUGGGAUGGAUACUUGCGUCAUUCCUUUGAGGCAUGGUGGGCUUUCCUUGGUUCAAACCACAGAUUACAUUUAUCCUAUUGUCGAUGACCCCUACAUGAUGGGCAGGAUAGCAUGUGCUAAUGUCCUCAGUGACCUCUAUGCAAUGGGCGUCACGGAGUGUGACAAUAUGCUGAUGCUCCUUGGAGUCAGCAAUAAGAUGACUGACAGGGAAAGGGAUAAAGUGAUACCGCUAAUUAUACAGGGUUUUAAAGAUGCGGCAGAGGAAGCGGGAACCUCUGUAACGGGUGGUCAAACAGUGUUAAACCCCUGGAUUGUUCUGGGAGGAGUCGCCACAACUGUCUGCCAGCCCAAUGAAUUUAUCAUGCCCGAUAAUGCAGUACCAGGGGAUGUGCUGGUAUUGACAAAACCGCUGGGGACACAAGUUGCGGUUGCUGUGCACCAGUGGCUGGAUAUUCCUGAAAAAUGGAAUAAAAUUAAGCUAGUGGUCACCCAAGAAGAUGUAGAAUUGGCAUACCAAGAAGCGAUGAUGAACAUGGCACGGCUCAACAGGACAGCUGCAGGCCUUAUGCACACGUUCAAUGCUCAUGCAGCCACUGACAUCACAGGCUUCGGGAUUCUGGGCCACGCACAGAACCUGGCCAAGCAGCAGAGGAACGAGGUGUCGUUUGUGAUUCACAACCUUCCAGUGCUGGCCAAGAUGGCAGCUGUGAGCAAAGCCUGUGGGAACAUGUUCGGCCUCAUGCAUGGGACCUGCCCGGAGACGUCAGGAGGCCUGCUCAUCUGUUUACCACGUGAGCAAGCAGCUCGGUUCUGUGCAGAAAUAAAGUCCCCCAAAUAUGGCGAAGGCCACCAAGCAUGGAUUAUUGGGAUUGUAGAGAAGGGCAACCGCACAGCCAGAAUCAUCGACAAACCUCGGAUUAUCGAAGUCGCACCUCAAGUAGCCACGCAAAACGUGAAUCCCACACCUGGUGCCACCUCCUAAUCUAGACAGAGAUAGCUAUUGGAUUUUGUUUUUAAAUAGAUCUAUUUCCUUUAUCAUCACUUUGAUUAAAGACUCGAUAAGAACAACAAAAAUCUCAUUGUGUCUACCUACACAUCUGGUGACCCUAGGUCGGUUUGUGAGUGGAUGCAAUUAAUAAAAAGAAAUCCAUGGC